GCCGAAGCACUCAGCCCUCUCUCGGCCCCGACCAUUUCUUCUUCUGCGUCCCCUUUCUCCUCUUCCUGGUCCUCUCUUCCUUGUCGCCAUUGCCAAACCCCAAUUCUCAAGCUUCUAUCUCUCUCUAGAGCUUGGCUUGUUCAAACGGAAUAGGUAUUGAAAAUAUUGCUUCAGUCGCGGUUUCCAUCGGCCUCCAAAAGCUUCCAUGUCGACGAAGGAAGCGAAGACCGAUGCUUCGAGGAAGAAGCCCUCCGGAGAAGUUGGAGGAGAUUUUAUUCGUAAGGAGACGGCCGUGGCGGUGAAAUUGGAAGAAUCACAGCCGAAAUCCGAUCGAGAGGUCGAUGGUUCAAUUCUGCUCCCCGCACCAGCGAAUGAAACCCUAGCCGGGAGAAAAUCCUCAGCCGCGUCACCUAUCGUCGCUGUUCCUAGCACGUCCGCUGGAGACUGCCGCUCGUUCUUGCAGUUGCUGGCUGGGGCCAUGGCAUCGCCUGCGGCGAGCUCUCGCCCACCGCCACUUCUUGCCGUGCCAAUCGAUGCUCCCCGGGUUCCUGUGGUUGCUGUGCCGUGUUUCUUAGCACCGGCUGCGCUGUUGGAGUCACACGGCAUCACGGGCCAAUUUUCAAUGUCACAUCAAGCUGUUUUGGCUACAGUAACUGCUCAGGCGCAAAUGCAGCUACAAGCAGGAUAUCCUUCCCCAUCAGGAUCACUAAAAAAUUCUGUACCACAUUCAAUGUUACCACCCAUGACCCCUUCUCCGCUUCAACAAAGACUGCCUCUAGCUUCCACUGAAGCUGCCAGUUCUUUAGAGACAGAGCAAACACCUUCCUAUGACCAAAAAUCUCAGUCUGCAUUUAUUGUCUCAAAGACAUCCUCUGAUGACGGUUACAAUUGGCGGAAGUAUGGUCAAAAGCAGGUCAAAAGCACCGAUAGAUCUCGAAGUUAUUAUAGAUGCACGAAUGCUGAUUGCUUUGCUAAGAAGAAAGUUGAGCGCUGCCCAGAUGGUCAAGUAACUGAAGUAAUUUACAGAGGUCAGCACAGCCAUGAACAGCCUCAUAAAACUAAAUUAUCAAAGGAGAGGGGGCAUCCAUCCAGCGGGCCUUUCGGGGUGACUGAAGGUCUUGAUAUUCCUGGCAUUGUAACUGUUGAAUCAGAUCCUUCGACAUCUAAGAUUGAUCAGAAUUCCAGCAUUGAUAACCCUGAACAACAGCUGUAUUGCUCUAGUGAUUGUGAAGGUGAUGGCAGUAACAAAGCUGGAGAAGAUCCCGAUGAUGAACCAGAGCCAGAGCCAAAACGAAGGCUAAGCUUAAUCACCGUGACAAACCCACCUCCAGUUUUCAGAACAGUUAAGCAACCCAAAGUUGUUAUGCAGACUGCAGUUGCAGGGCAUGUAAGUGAUGGAUACAGGUGGCGUAAGUACGGACAGAAAAUUGUCAGAGGAAAUCCAAAUCCCAGGAGUUAUUACAGGUGCACACAUGAUGGCUGUCCAGUCCGCAAGCAUGUUGAAAAGUCUUCAUACGAUGCAAAAUCCAUGGUUAUUACAUACGAAGGCAAACACAAUCACGACGUACCAUCUCUUAGAUAUGGCCUUGAUCCACUACCUACAGCUCUUUUCAUUGAUUCUGCACCUACGGCUCCCGCUGCGGAAACUUUGAAUGAGCACGAAUCUAAAGGAGAUAAAAUACCAUCAAUCAGCAAUCCACCCGAAAUAGAAAAACAAUUAACAGGUGAUAAGGUUUUGGAAUUUGGAGAUGAAAAGGGACUGGAAUCUGCUCAAGCUCUCCUAAGCAUGAGCUGUGACCCUUCAUCUGGAGAGGAAGAGGCACCAAUUCUAUAGAAUUGAGAGUUCGAUCAAGAUGCCCCGGCUAUGUAUAUCUGGUAAGCAAUAAACAAAAUCAAGUAUUGGUUAUGCAUAUCAUGUUAGUUUAUAUUUCUGCUUGAGAAGAAUGUGAAAUAUCUUCCAUUGACCUGCAUGAUUUGUUAGCCCCAUUUUUGUGAACAGAUGUGGCUUAUAUUAUGUGUAUUUCUGUUUUUGAUAAUCUCCUUGAAUAUAUUGUACUUGCACGCACAAAGUUA